AUGUCCUCCGACGUCAAGACCCAUCAUCACCUCACCAACGUGGAGCAACUCGAUGAUUACCCGGAUGAGAAGCAGCUUGAAGCCGAGAAUGGCAACACCGUCACUGUGCAAGAAGUGAAGGUGGCGGAAGAAGCCUUGGAUGGUCAAGAGGUCUAUACCAAAGAGCAGUACAAUAGGGUGAAGCGCAAGGUCGACUUUGUUCUUUUGCCUCUGAUGUGGUGGUGCUAUGGAAUCCAACAAACCGACAAGACUGGUCUGGGUUCCAUGAAUUUGUACGGUGUUCAGGCCGACACUGGUAUGCACGGCAAUCAGUACUCCUUGCUUACGGUCGUUUUCUAUACGGCCUAUGCUCUCUUUGAAUUCCCGUCCAACAUCGUCUUACAACGAUUCAACAUGGGUCUAUGUCUCACUAUCUACAUGUUCUGCUGGGGCGUCGUUGUUCUGGCUCAAGCUUUCCUCCACUCUUGGGCGCCUUUCAUGGUCCUGCGCUUUCUCCAAGGCGCAUUCGAGUGUACCAUCAGUCCGGGAUUCAAUCUGCUCAUCGCCAAUUGGUACACGACGCAGGAACACAAUGCUCGCUCCUUGGUCUUUCAAUCUGCCAACGCUGGCUGGGGUGUCGUUGUCGACCUCACCAUGUACGGCAUCGCUAAAGCUGCUACCAAAAACGAAGGAGGAUUUGAGGCUUGGAGGGGCAUCGCUGUGUUCUUGGGGGGCCAAACAUUGUUGGCGGCGUUCGUCGCGUAUUGGAUGCUCGGUAGUCCCAACGAAGUUCGCUGGUUGAGCCAAGAGGAGAAGAAGAUUGCGAAUGCGCGAGUCAUGAAGAACAAUGCGGGUACUGACAUGACUGGACGAAAGACUUGGAAAUGGGAUCAGGUGCGGGAAGCAUUCCUGGAUCCGGUAAUGUACGCCCAAUUCGUAAACGCCUUCCUCAGCAGUGUGUGCAAUGGUUCGCUCACAACCUUCGGCUCGGUUGUUAAUCGUUCAUUUGGAUUUACCGAGAGUGAGGUCAUUCUCUAUGGCAUUCCCCGUUCUGUGGUUUCCGUUCUGUGGUUUGCUUUCAUUGGUAUCAUGACUUCAAAGUUCAAGGGAAUCAGGAUGUACUUUAUGAUGAUCAGUACGGUGUUUCCCUUUAUUGGCCUCAUGUUCUUGGCUCUUUUGCCAGCCGACGUUUCCUACAAAUGGAUCAAAUGGGGCAUGUAUCUCAUGACUGUCACCUUUGUCAUUCCUUUAUUUUCAGCCUGGGCAUUGCUGUCGUCUAACACAGCUGGAAGAACCAAGAGGAGUAUCAUUAGCUCGAUGACAUUCAUUGCAUACUGUACCGGAAAUAUUGCUGGCUCCCAAGUCAUGAAAUCGAAGGAUGCCCCUCGUUACAUACCUGGGACUAUCACGAUCGCAGCCUGCAUGGCCGCCGAGUUGGUCACCAUCGUCAUGUGGCGGAUCUGGCUGGAGUACUCGAAUCGCAAGAAGCUGAGAAAUAUUCAGGAGAUGGGCUUGAGUGACGCUGAGAUAGAGCGUAAGGGGCAAGAGCUCGGGGCAGAGGACACGACCGAUAUGAAGAACCCAUUCUUCCUGUACUCUACAUAA